AUGAUGACCACCUCUAUCUCUGUUUUUUCUCUAUCCCCAACCUUAUCAGAGGUACCCCGGAUGUCCCUGCUGUGUCCUCUGUUCUGGACAGAGUUCAAAGGUCACUGCUACAGAUUCAUCCCAAUCAACAAGACUUGGACUGGGAUCGACCUACACUGCUCUCAGUUUGCUGCCGGUAGGAAGUCUACCAAGCUGGCCUCCAUUCACAAGUGGGCUCAGAGAAUCUUUGUGUAUGUCCUGAUGAACAGCUGUGUUCCUGACAUCCAGGCUGGCAUCCUGAUGGGCCCUCAUAACCAUAGGCAGGAAGGGCAGUUUGAAUGGACUGAUGGCUCCCCUUAUGACUACAGUUACUGGGACAGCCAGUCUGGUAAUGGCAUUCAUACAGAUUCAGAAGAAGACUGUGCAGAUGUGUACUGGCACAGUAGCGCACUGUGGUCCUGGAAUGAUAACACCUGCCACAGGAAGUUCCCCUUUGUCUGCAAGAUCCCAUCUCUGAGCAUUCGCUGGCGCACUCCUAUCUCCCUGGCACGGACUCAGCACCAAGAUGUCCGGCAGCAGUGUCUAGAGCAGAGCUCAUGCUGA